ACAUACAAACAAAAACAAGCACAUCAACAAUUAUAAAAUACAAUUAAUUGAAAAUAUUAAUGCAAAAUAAAGUAUUAUUGUUUAAAGAAAAAAGUAAGUAAACUAUUAUUAUUACUUAGAGAUGUAUGAAGUCUCUAAAUGUUGAAUUACAAAAAAAAAAACAAACAGAUACAAAAAGAAAUCUAAAAUUACUUAGAGGUGUAAAUAUCUCUAAAUGUCAGAACUAAAUGAUUUUUAUCAAAUUAUCCUUAGAGAUGUAAAGAGUCUCUAAGAGUCAAAAAUUCAGUAUAAUUAAAACAUUCAUCAGGAUAAAAGAAACAUACGAGAACCGAAUGAGGUGUCUCUCUAAGACUAAUUUGAUAAAAGUCAUUUAGUUCUGACAUUUAGAGAUAUUUACACCUCUGGAUAAUUUCAGUUUUUUUUGUAUCCCUUUUUUUAUUAUUAUUAUUUUAGUAAUUUUUUUGUAAUUGUAUUUUAUACUUAAUUGUUGAUGUGCUUGUUUUUGUUUGUAUGUAAAUUCCAUGUUGACGUGUAAAAGUGCCCUUGUGGCCUAUUUGCUGAAUAAAUGUUGAAGUUGAAGCAGACCAGUCUCCACAUGGCUUUAUUCCAGGUACGGCAUCCCUCGCGACGAAAGCGCAAAUUUCCGUCGCGCAGUAGAAACACUGUGCCCCGCCUACUGUCAGAACAAGUCCAUCUGGCUGGCCUCCGAGAUCACCAUGGUGCCACCCAACAUCCUCAGCGAGCAUGGAGUGAAGCUGUCAAGGCUGCUGCAGCGGCCCGGGGAAUAUGUCCUGGUGUUCCCCGAAGCCCAUUCCUGCUCAAUAACUACUGGGUUCGGGAUAUCGGAGAGUGUAUACUUUGCAUCAAACGCUUGGCUGACGGAUGUGUUUAAACUGUUUCAAGAGCUGCGCAACAGCUGCGAGCCGACCAUGUUCUCCCUGGAGCAGCUCCUCCUGAACGGCAGCGCCGACUCCUCGGCCCCUCACCAGGUGUGCUCCGUGCUGGCCACGCUGCUCAGCGCCGAGCUGGAGCACCGCCGCGCCCUCGACCACAAGGGGCUCAAGGUGCAAGAACGUCCCCCAUCGUCGGCGCCGCUCAACACGUCGUACUUCCGCGCGUGGAACACUCGCGACCAAGACGAGUGCGAGUACUGCCGCUCCACCCUGUUCCUGUCCAAGGUUAGACAUCACUAAACGUAGCUCGCAGUAUCAACCCCCGCCGCCGCCGGUCACGUAGUCCGCGCGUGGAACACUCGCGACCAAGACGAGUGCGAGUACUGCCGCUCCACCCUGUUCCUGUCCAAGGUUAGACAUCACUAAACGUAGCUCGCAGUAUCACACCCCGCCACCGCCGGUCACGUAGUCCGCGCGUGGAACACUCGCGACCAAGACGAGUGCGAGUUCUACCGCUACACGCUGUUCCUGUCCAAGGUUAGAAAUCACUAAACGUAGUUCGCAGUAUCAACCCCCGCCGCCGCCGGUCACGUAGUCCGCGCGUGGAACACUCGCGACCAAGUCGAGUGCGAGUUCUACCGCUACACGCAGUUCCUGUCCAAGGUUAGACAUCACUAAACGUAGCUCGCAGUAUCAACCCCCGCCGCCGCCGGUCACGUAGUCCGCGCGUGGAACACUCGCGACCAAGUCGAGUGCGAGUUCUGCCGCUCCACCCUGUUCCUGUCCAAGGUUAGACAUCACUAAACGUAGCUCUCAGUAUCACACCCCGCCACCGCCGGUCACGUAGUCCGCGCGUGGAACACUCGCGACCAAGUCGAGUGCGAGUUCUACCGCUACACGCAGUUCCUGUCCAAGGUUAGACAUCACUAAACGUAGCUCUCAGUAUCACACCCCGCCACCGCCGGUCACGUAGUCCGCGCGUGGAACACUCGCUACCAAGACGAGUGCGAGUACUGCCGCUCCACCCUGUUCCUGUCCAAGGUUAGACAUCACUAAACGUAGCUCUCAGUAUCACACCCCGCCACCGCCGGUCACGUAUUCCGCGGCCUUAUAGCCAUGCACUUAUAAUCAUUUUCUCAAGUUCCGCGCGUACAGGACAACACUCGUCUUGUUAACACAUUACGUAACUAUGUCGAAAGUUUAAAGGGCCAUAUUUACUGUAAAACGUUGUACGAUACAUGUGAGAAUUUCCUAUUUUUCGCCCUUGUAUCGUAAUGUACAGUCGCCAUCAGAUAUAUCGGAGCGGUCGAGGUGCUCAAAAAUAUCUGAACACGCACUUUUAACGCCUUGAUAAUAGACGUGUGUUCAGAUAUUUGGCUGUUAUUUGGGUUAGUAAAUAUUUCAUAGAAAGUUUAUAAUAUGCGUGUAGAUAAAAUAGUGUACGUAACUGUACAUAAUUAGGCAUUAAAACACUCGUGUGAUCUUUUUAAGAAACUCACUUCGUUCGUUUCUUAAACCCACACUCGCGUAUUUUAAUGCCUUUUAUUAUGUAGCAGUUACCAUAACUACGAUUACAACCCUUUAACUUUUCGACAUAGUUACAUAAUGUGUUAAUUUACGCACUAGUGCGGAAAAGUAGCAGCAUGUGUACUGUAAUAGUACAUUGUGCAACGAGGGGGGAAAGUGAAAUUUUGGACACGAGGGUGAUAAUCUAAGACUCGAGUUUGCAAUAUUCUUACCCCCGGAGCUACUUUAUAGCACUAGUGCGAAAAUUACCAUAUUACGCUAGGGAGUUAUAGCUUUUUCUUCACAAUCCAUCAUUCUGAAAUCCUGCGUCGUUCUGGCCUCUAUGGUAUGGAGGCUCUACUAAUGCAGCGACAGCUAGGGUGGUGUGGACAUGUCCUCCGUAUGGAUGACCGCCGGUUGCCCAAAACCGUAUUCUACUCUGAAUUGGUGGAAGGCAAACGCAAGCACGGCGGUCAGCAUCUGCGUUACAAGGACGUGCUCAAACGACACCUGAAUGCUUGCAACAUCAACCCUGAGCGCUGGGAGGAGCUUGCUGCAGACAGAGCAUCUUGGCGGUCCACCAUUUUUAACCACAUCAAAUCGUUUGAGGAAAACCGCCUCAAUGCCUUAGAUACCAAACGCCAACAACGUAAAGAGAGACCGAAGCCCUCUUACACGUAUACAUACAACGCGUCUGGCCAACUCUAUUGUAACACCUGUAAAAGAGUCUUUAAGACCAAGUUCGGCCUGGCCAGCCACAUUAGGGCCCAUAAUCGGCGUAAUCCGUAAUUGCUGAGGUCGCCGUCAUCGAAAUCGAUGAGGAGGACUAUAUAUGAAAUAAGAUCUUUUUCGAGCAAGUGUGAUGAAAAUAACUAUUAUUGUAUAGGUGACCGGGCUCACGGGCCGCAAGUCCGCCGUGUGCCCCGAGCACGCGCUCCGCCUGCUGGAGACCAGGAAGCACAAGAACGUGGAUCUGCACACGCUCGAGUUCCUCUCGUCGUUCACCACGCCCGCGCUCGAGGAGAUGCUGGAGCGGCUCGACGCGCGCACCGCCGGCGACCAGAGCGCCCACGCGGACCCCGAGUAGAGGUCAGUCAUAUUCACAUUUAUUUUACGAGGGGGGUGGGGUUAGGGUCGGCAACGCGCAUGUAACUCCUCUGGAGUUGCAGGUGUACAUAGGCCACGGAGACUGCUUACCAUCAGGCAGGCCGUAUGCUUGUUUGCCACCGACGUAGUAUAAAAAAAAAGCAUACAUUGUCAUUUUUUUUUUUAAUAUUAUAGGACAUUACUACACAAAUUCCGAAAAACUCAUUGGUACGAGCCAGGAUUUGAACCCGCGACCUCCGGAUUGAAAGUCGGACGUCAUAUCCACUCGGCCACCACCGCUUCCUUAUGUACGAAAUAUCAUUUUUAAAUAGUAUUUAUAAAUAUUUAUAUAUUAUAUAUAUCGUUGUCUAAGUACCUUCAACACAAGCCUUAUUGAGCUUACUGUGGGACUUAGUUAAUUUGCUUUUCGGUGAAGGAAAUCAUCUUGAGGAAACCUGCAUACAUCUGCGAAGAAAUUCAAAGGUGUAUGUGAAGUCCCCAAUCCGCAUUGGGCUAGCGUGGGGACUAUAGCCCGAGCCCUCUCGCGUAUGAGAGGAGGCCUGUGCCCAGCAGUGGGACGUAUAUAGGCUGAAUUAUUAUUAUUUUAUUAACAUAAAACAAUAAAUUGUGCCUAAUAAUAACACAGGUAAGGAGUAAAUAAUAAAAAUCUGUAGAAAUAAGAAAUAAAAUAUCAAUAUUAAUUCAUGUCAAAAAUUUAUUGGUUUUUUAAAGCUAUUCAGUCAGAAGUCCAGUUACGGAAAAGUAGACCUUCUGGAUUAAGAAAGAUUUCAAUUUUGAGACAAAUCCGAGAUAGCUAGGUGUGUUUUUUAUACAUGUUAUGUAACCCUCUUCAAUUCUCAGUCUAAAGUGAAGUCAUUAGUAAUAUAAUAGUACAUUGUGCAACGAGGGGGGUAAGUGAAAUUUUGUACGAACUAAUUCGAUAAUAUCGAGCCUUUUCUAAAAACCCCAAAUUAGGUUGCGUUGUUUUAUCACAGAGUUCCUAUGUCCACCUCUUGUCUCCAUCAUCAGAUCAGCUCGAUGGUACCAUAAUAUUGCAUUGUCACCCGAGUUACAUAUGUAUGCAAAAUUUCAGCUCAAUCGGAAACCGGGAAGUUGGUCAAAUUUAACUUGCAAGAUUUGUUUACAGACAACGGUCAGGUGAAAGUAAAUAAAAGCUUGUUAAAAUUAUGUCUAUUUAAAAAAAUUGCGAUAUUUUCUUUUAGACGAAACCAGUGCAUCCACUCAAAAUGCCUCAGGAGCACACUGCAGCCGUCGACAGGAACGGCCGGAGCCCCUUCACUGAUGUUUCCAGGCCGAAUAGGGCUUACGAUUCCGGGAUCCCGCGCAUUUAGUCCCACUUGUUGUGGGAUUCCGAUCCCGCGGGAUUCGGGAUGUAGUUUGUAUCGUCAGCCUCCCAUCUUACAAGCCGGGAGAUAACGUUGCCAUUUUUUUAAACUGCGCACCGCAUAAGGUACCUACGCCAAAGGGUACUUAAACUGGCCUACUUCCAAAAUGGUUUGCUAUUGUGAAAUCAGUCAAACAAGUUCGUUAAUAGAAAAAAGCGCGGAUUUCAAAUUGUCUAUGGGACGAUAACAUUUCGCGCAUACAUUUUUUAAAUAUGCCACUUUUUUUCUACUGACUGAAAUUGCUUGACAGACCAUAAGUGUGAAUUUUGCGUCCGUAUUCGCUAGUGUCAUAGACAAAACUACAAGUUCACGUAAAAUAUAAGCAAAAUAAAAACGGGCCUUAUUUGGAGCAGGUACCUUAUUUUUGAUGAUUUUAACAAACGUGCGUUUUGAAUAUUUAGAAAAUAAUACUUUUUGUUUAAAUGAAAUUAAUUUAGUUUUCAUUUAUAAUGGUAAUUUGUAAAAGAGGGGUCCUCUAUUAAUAACAUCACAC